AUGGGGUCGCUUUUGAUGGAACCUCAUGACGUGGCCUCGUUCGCCGCCAUCUACGAGCCGUCGCUUGAUAACACCACCAUUUGCCUGAAUCUGCUAAUGGUCAACUCCAGAGGCAUGUUCCUUGGUUCCGACCCUUUUGAUUAUUCAUUUCCUCGUCUCCUUGCCCAGCUUUCCCUCUCCUCCCUCGUCAUCCUAUUCACUUCCUAUUUCCUCAAGCCCCUCGGCCAGCCCUCCAUGGUCAUACAAAUUCUGGGUGGUUUAGUAUUAGGGCCAUCCUUCCUAGGCCGGGCCGCCCCUUUCACUGCCCUCAUUUUCCCCUUGAACGGCUUCAUCGUCCUCGACGCCCUUGCCAUCUUCGGGGGUAUGACCUAUUUCUUCCUCAUCGGUGUCCAGAUCGACGCUUGGGUCCUCAAACGCAUCCAAAAGAAGGAUAUAUGCAUCGGGAUCUCCACCGUUGUCUUUGCCCUGCUCCUCAGCUUCACGGGCGCCUUCUCCAUCAGCAAGCUACCUCACGUGACUCCUAUCUCCGACUCCCUCUUUAUUGUUGCCCUCUCGUCUUCCGUCCUCGGCUUCCCCGUCAUAGCCCACUACCUCACCGAACUCCGCAUGGUUAACUCGGAGUUUGGCCGCAUGGCCCUCUCCGCUUCCAUCAUUAGCAACCUGUUUGGCUUCUGUGUAAUCACCGCCUUCAUCCUUACCCAACAGAACCCAUACGAGGUCUCGGCCCGCCUUGAGUCAGUCUUGGCUGGCCUGGUUAUCACGGCUGCUGUCUUCCUCAUCGUCCGACCUGCUGUCCAGUGGGGCCUUAGGCGUAACCCGGACGGUGAGCCCCUCAAACAGGGCUUCGUCUUCAUGCUCUUCGUCGGCUUCCUCCUCUCGGGCUUCAUCAGCAAGGCCGUCGGGCUUCACAUCUUCUUCGGGCCCAUGAUGUACGGUGUGGCCCUCCCGGCUGGCCCCCCCCUCGGCUCUGCCAUGGUGGAGAAGCUCGACCUCGUCACGUCGUGGCUGUUCAUGCCGCUCUACUUCGUGAAAAACGGGCUUGUGACCGACGCUUUUUCCGUGGGGCCCGGCAGGUACGCGGUGGUGCAGUCGGUGAUACUGCUGGGAUGUGCCGGCAAGUUCCUCGGUGCCGUGAUUGCUUCUAUGUACAACGGAGUCGGGCAGAGAGAAGCCGUCCAAGUCGGGCUUGUGAUGAACGUGCAGGGCGUGAUGGACCUCGGCUUGUUCAAGAUGAUGAAGCAGAACCAAGCGGUUCACGAGGACGCGUUUGUAGUACUCUGUGUCUCCAUGAUAGCCGUGACGGCAAUCGUCACACCCAUAAUCCGGCGACUCCACGACCCUCUUCGGCGACAUGUCUUCCACAAGACCAAAACGGUGAUGGACUUAAGGCCCGACUCGGACCUCCGGCUUGUGGCUUGCGUGCACGACCAGCAGCACGUCCCCACCACCAUCGACCUCAUCGAGGCUCUCCACCCGAACAAACGCUCCCCGGUCCAUAUCUGCCUUGUCCACCUCGUCGAGAUGGCGGGCCGGGCCCACCCGAUUCUCAUCCCCCACAAGCUCAACAAGGCCAGCUCCCGGAAAGCCGGCGCCUCCAAGAGCAUCGUCAACGCAUUCAAGAACUUCAAGGAGAGGCACGACCGGGUCGUAAGCCUCCACCCUUUCACCGCCAUAUCAUCUUACUCGACCAUGCACGACGAGGUUCGUGAAAUGGCUACCAACCGACGAGCCUCUCUCAUCAUCACUCCUUACCACCAGAACCUGGCCACGCCAGGUGUCAUCCGUGACUCAUCUGAGUCCGGAAUAAAGCUUGUCAACGACAACCUACUCGAACUCGCACCUUGCACCGUGGCUGUCGUGGUCGACCGGGCGCCAGCUCUAACAUCACAGGUGGACGUCAAGAGAGAGCGCGUUAUGUGCCGUGUGGCGGUGUUUUUUAUCGGUGGGCCGGAUGAUAGGGAGGCGCUGGCCAUAGGGGCGAGGAUGGCGGGAAAGCCGGGAGUCGAGGUGGCGGUCGUUCGUGUCCUGGCAGAGAGUAAGAUUGCUGACGAGGAUGACGAGUUGAAGUUUGAUAACGACGUGUUGAACGACUUUAGGAGCCAGAUGGCGGGGAACAGACGGGUGGCUUAUUUCGAGGAGGUGGUGAGUGAUGGGACAGGGACGGUUGGGGUGAUCCAGUCCAUAGAGGAUCAUUAUGACAUCAUCAUAGUGGGGCGGACCCACGACACGGGGUCGCCACUAUUGAUGGGGAUUUUGGCAUGGGAGGAGGACUCGGAGCUAGGGGCAAUUGGGGGCAUGUUUGCCCUGUCAGGCUCGAAUAGUGGUUCCAAGAUACUUGUGGUUCAACAGAAGUGCAGGUUGUCGAGUGGGAAGAAGGCGGGAGAUGGGCCAACACUUCCUCUUUAA